CCGAGCGCGCUUCCGGUCCUCGAGCCUUCUCUAUGUGGGUUCAAUUCGUCGCCUCCUUCCUCUCGGCCCCAAAGGAAAAAUAAAAUCGGAACCCUCCCACCGUGGGGUGGCCUUAGCUUCGGAAUCCGCCCCUCUGCAGUCGAAGGUCUCGGGAUUGGGCCCGAGCUGAGGGGAGGGCAGCAAGGCCUUGGCCUUCCCGCGAUGUCCUCCGACGGGCGCCCGGGACCGGUAACUCCGCGAAGGGGUUCACGAAGAAACCUGGACGCCUCGGUGCCAGGCCUCUCGGGCGGGGCUCCCCAGGAGAGCAGAGGCCGCCUUUACCCCCAUGGAGCUUACGUUCUGCUGGAGCUGCAGACAGUGCAGUAAUCACACAGACACGACUGCUGGAGACGGUUGAUUAUGGAAGAUUCCCACAAGAGUAACACUUCGGAGACAGCACCUCAGCCUGGGUCAGCAGUUCAGGGAGCCCAUCUUUCUCAUAUUGCUCAACAGGUAUCAUCUUUAUCAGAAAGUGAGGAGUCCCAAGACUCAUCUGACAGCAUAGGCCCCUCACAGAAAGCCCACGGGAUCCUAGCACGGCGUCCAUCUUACAGAAAAAUUUUUAAAGACCUGUCUUCUGAAGACACAAGAAGCAGAAAAGGAGACAGAGAAAACCCUGGAGUUUCUGCUGUCACUUCUAUGUCCGUUCCGACUCCCAUCUAUCAGACUAGCAGUGGACAGUACAUUGCCAUUGCCCCAAAUGGAGCCUUACAGUUGGCCAAUCCAGGCACAGAUGGAGUACAGGGGCUUCAGACAUUAACCAUGACAAAUUCAGGCAAUACUCAGCAAGGCACAACUAUUCUCCAGUAUGCACAGACCUCUGAUGGACAGCAAAUACUUGUGCCCAGCAAUCAAGUGGUAGUGCAGACUGCAUCAGGAGACAUGCAGACAUAUCAGAUUCGUACCACACCUUCAGCCACUUCUCUGCCACAAACUGUGGUAAUGACAUCUCCUGUGACUCUUACAUCUCCGACAACUAAGACAGAUGACCCCCAAUUGAAAAGAGAAAUAAGGUUAAUGAAAAACAGAGAGGCUGCUCGAGAAUGUCGGAGAAAGAAGAAAGAAUAUGUGAAAUGUCUGGAAAAUCGAGUUGCAGUCUUGGAAAAUCAAAAUAAGACUCUAAUAGAAGAAUUAAAAACUUUGAAGGAUCUUUAUUCCCAUAAAAGUGUUUGAUUCUUAACAAAGAAAAUAUUUUUGUGUGGACUUGCCUAAAAUUAAAUGUAUUUCUUUUUAGUGGGGUUUUAUAAAUUAACAAAAAAAGGUCAAAAGUGAAGCUUUUUAUUUAGGCUUUUGCAACUCAAAGAUAGCAAAGAUACCUUGCAAGAUACCUUGUGACAGAGGAAAAUGUGUAAAGUAACCUCAAGGAAGCUACUGGCACAACUGGAAGCUUUGUAAAAAUUAAGUAUACUCAAGAAGCAAGAAAUGAACUUGCAGCAAUUUGAAUUUUCUAAGUAACAAUAGUCGUCAGUCCAAAAAUGGCAGAUGAAGAUGAAAUUUGGUAAAUUGGAUUUUUAAAAAUAAAUCAGUUUACCCUAUGGUUUGCAUUUCUUAAUGUUUUUCUGAAAUUGACCUUUUCAGUUGUGCAUGUAUUUUAUUUCUGCCAAUAAAUUCUAAAUUAAAAGGUAAAAGGAAACCUAACACAUUACUAAAUACAUUAAUUAUGUGUUCUGAUUGUGUGUGCUGGUUCUAUUGUCAGGUCUUUUAAAUGGGUUUUUAAAAGUUUGUUGGACUGGAGAGAGUUUUUGGAGGCUGAGUUUAAGUAUUAUUGAGGUCUUGUCCUAAAAGGCAUCUAAGAUACAUGAAUGGAAAUUUGGUGAUUUUGGAACUUUUUUUUUUUUUUUUAUCAGAAUGGAAGAGAACUGUUUAAAAGUUUGAUACUCUUAAAUAGUUUGUUUUUUGCUUAUUCUGAUAAUGGUGAUUUUCUACAACUAUAUACAUUUUGUUGAUUCUAUAUUCUGUAUGCAGUUGAAUAUCUAUCACUUAACCUGUUAUGCUUUAACAGAAUGGAAUGUUUACAGGUCCUUGAAAUAUUUUUUAAGAACUUUCUGAAGAUACAUACCAAAGUUUUUCCAAGAGGAUUUUAUAAACAAUUUAAUAUAAGGUUUAUCAGAUUCUAAAAUAGUAUCAAUAUUAAGGCAAUUUUAUGUUAGAGACUAUUUUGUAAUGUAGUGCAUGGUACCUUUAUAAGAAAAGUGACUGCCAAUAUAUUUUUAUAGCUAAUCUUUAUAAAUUCUAAUGUUGAGUUUUUAAUGAUUAUUUUAAAUGUUUAUAUAGAAAGUUUUUGCAUUGCAAAGUAUCAGUUUUGUAUUAUGGGAAGUAAAGUUUUCAGAUUGGCUCAUAUUUGAAUUGUAAAUUUUGUAUACAGUUUAUCCAAAGUUCAAAAUUGCUAACAGUACAUCAGUGUUUAACCUAUGUAUUCCAAUUUUUAUACACUUUGAAAUUGUACUGCGAAACUAUUGUGUGCUUCUUACAUAAUAUGUAUCAUAUUGUUGUCUAUGAAAUUAAAAAACAUUUGAUA